AUGGAUGUUCGAGAUGAAAUUGACAUGAACAAGCUACAAAAUCCAACGAAAAGCAAAAAUGAAGGAGAUGGGAAGGCAUCUACAACUUCUGAGACAGAAGUUCAAAAAUCAUUGAGAGAAGAAGAAGACAAAUCUUCAUCAAAAUCCCAGCUUGAAGUUACUGAGAAAUCUUCAUCAAAAUCCCAGUCUGAAGUUCAAAAAACAUCAAGGGGCAAUAUGUUAGUGAAACAACUUUUAGCAAAGAGCAUAAAGAAGAACAACAAAAAAAAGGCUGCAGCAAUGGUAGCUGCAGCUGCUGCAAAAGCCAGCAAAGAAGCUGAGGAAAGGAUAACUACACCUGCUGUAUCUGCACAAAUAGGAGCUGAGAAAAUGGCACCUGCUGCUGAUGCAGAAGCCAAAAGAGUCGCCGAGGAAAAGGCAUCUGCAGCUGACGCAGAAGCCCGAAGAUUGGCUGAGGAAAAGGCAUCUGCAGCUGAUGCCGAAAGAGAAGCUGGGAAGAAAGAAGCUGAAAACAAGAGGAUGGAGGCUAAUAAGAAAAAGGAAGAAGAAGAUAAAGCUGAAGCAAAGAAGAAGGAUAUUGAGGAAAGAAAGAAAGAAUAUGAAGAUAAAAUGAGUCAGCUUAUUGCUAAAAACAACAAAGCGUUGAUAGAGGAAGCGGAAAGGAAAGAAGCUGAGAGAAAGGAAAGAGAAGCUGAGAGAAAGAAAAAAGAAGAUGAUGAUGCCACAAAAGCAAUUGCCAAGGUGGUUGAAAAUGUAAAUGCUUCAGAGAGUGCAGAUCCAACCAAUGGUGGUAAUGGAACAAGAAAAGGAAGGAAGACAACUGCUAACAAGAAGAAAGUCAUUCAAAGUAUAUAUAUUGAUGAAGCACUACAAAAGAAGUUGCACAACAUAUCAGAUUCAUACAAUCCGAGAAGAAGUACAAGAUCAAUGGUGAAAGUGCAAGAAAAUGUUUGUGCUGAAAUAGUUACCAGGGAAGAAUUUGAUGGAAAAGGAGUUGAGAAAAAAGCAUCUGUUAAAGGAAGAAUUCUUCCUCUUAGGACUGCAACAAAAAGAAACAAGAAAAAGGAUACUGAAGAAUUGAAAGAUGAACAGAAAACAGAGCAAACAGUACCGGUGAAGGAUAGGUUGCUUAUGUUCGAAAAACAAAGACAAGAAAUAGCAUCAAAAAGAACAACACCAAAAGCAAACCUACCUGCUGAAAAGAAACGAAAGAGGAAAAUAGCGGAUGAGGAUUGGGAAGGGAAGGAAGAGAAUGAAAAUGAUGAUAUUCACAAAUCAGAAAAAGAUUUAGUUGUGGAACGGGAGGCUUCCCCUUUGGCGAUGAUUACCAAAGAAGUUCCUGCAAGAAAGAAACCAAUGAAAUCAAUCGCUGUUUACAAGGAGAGAGUAGAAGAAGAAGAGGAAGAAAAAACCGGUGUUGGAGGAGGACACGGAAAAUUCAUCACAUUCAUUUCCAUGAUGAAUGAACAGAAGAAGGAGGUCGUUCGAAAUAUUGGUCUAGGAGCAUUGCUAGAUUUCCAGCUACCUACUUCAUCCCAACAAUUUGUUACAUGGCUGUGUAACAACUUUGAGGAAAACAGCCAAAAUCUUUAUCUGCCAAGGAAUGAGAAAAUUCUGAUAGAAUUUGAGGACGUGAAAAAGAUAUAUGGCCUUCCUAGCGGUGAAGUAGAGAUAGUUGAGGCAAAGUCUGACAAGGCUAGUGAAGAAUUUUCUGCAUUCAUGGCAAGUUGGAAAAAGAUCUUUAUAGAUUCAAAGUGGAAUCCUCUUGGGAAUAAGGUCCCAUCAGUUCAGAAAAUUUUGAAGUACUACAGUCGAGAAGACCAAAUUGAGGUUGGACCGGAUGCAAAUUUCAUUACAAGCUUCUUGGUGGUGACUGUCAACACAUUGAUCAAAAGCACAUUGUCAAACCAAGCAUACUUCAAAUUUUUGUUCUCAAUGAUGGAUCAUGAGCAGAUCCAGAGCUUGAACUGGUGCAAGUAUGUGUGGGAGGCACUGCUCUCAACUACUGCACAGUAUAAAAAAAACCUGAAACUAAAUGACAUAGCAACAUUUUUCACAGGACCAUUGCCGUUGUUGACGGAGUUUAUGGAUGAGUUUGUGGGUAUAAUUCAAGCUGUUGGUGACAAUUUGUCAAAGCUUUCUGAUUCACUGAAGAAGGCGCAAGAAUUCUUCACAGGAAAUGAGUUGGUAUCUAAAGUGGAAGAGUUCUUGUCUAAAAUGGCAAAAGAACCAUCAUUAAGCCAAGAUGAGUGGUCUGAUGACUUCAUUAAGGCUCUAUUGGAGAAAGAAAAAGAGUUGUUGGAUGCAAUUGAUCUGGAGAAAAAGAAAGCAAAAAAGGAUAACAAGAGAUAUGAGUAUAAUAUCAAGAAAGCUUUCGACUUGGGACUUACACCAUCACCGAUGGUAGAUGAUGACAAGUUGAAAGGUCAAAAAGCUGGUACAUCCACCUCUACGCCAAGUUUGUCACUGGAAGAAAUAGAUGAAUCUUUGGCUUCUGCUAUGCUGAAUCUAAAACAAAGAAGGGAGGAAGAGAAAAAAGAAAAUGAAAAUGCAAAAGCUAAGAAAAUGAUCCAAGCAGAAUCACAAGUGAGUGAACCAGCUUCAGAAGAACAAAAAACAACAGUGGAGAACAUUGUUGUACAAGAAGAGAAGACUGUGAGCUUGGAUGCAACUACAGUGGAGCCCGAGUUGCAUGUAUCAGAAAUGAUGCAUGUAACUAAUAUAAUUCAAGAGAAGCCUGCACCAGAAGUGAGAAAUGAAAAGGAUCCUGCACCACAAGUGAUUAAGAAGAAGGUGAAAAUAGCAGUGGAAGCUGAACAAUCUGUUGGUGCAGGACAAUCUUCUCUUCCUUCACCAAAAACUCCACUGAAUGAAGUCUCAAUAUCAACAUUAAUUUCAAGCACAAAAACAGAUUUGAAAUUGGACGAAAUUUUUGAAGACAAAGAGGAAAAAGAAGAUGAAGGAGAAGGAAAUGAGAAAGGUGACAAAGGAAAAAGACCUCAGAGGAUUCACAAACUACCGGCUGCCUUCUCUUCUCCAUAUUUGGUCAAGUAUCGAGACUUGUUCAAAAAUCUGGACACAAUGCAUCAAAGCCUAGCAGAUUAUGUGUUAAGUGGUCAGGACAACAGAGAAGACAUGAAAACACUGGUUGAUGAAGUGGAAGUGGUUGACUGUGUGAUUGAUUCAUGGUCGAAGUAUCUAAAUGCAAAGGACCAUAAAGAUAAACUCUUUCUUUCAACAGUUCCAUAUCAUAUUAUGUGCACAAACAAGGUAUGUCCAGCAGGAUCCUCCUACGAAAAAAGGCUUGAUGAUUUUCAAAGCAGGAUUAACGAUGAACUGAAUAACUAUAAUUUCAAAAACAUUCAUCAAUUUAAACAGAUAUUCAUUCCCGUUCUUGCUGCAAAACACUUCUAUCUCCUAGUCAUCAACCAUUACAAUGCAACUGUGGAUGUAAUUGACAACAGGCCUCUACCAAGAAAUGUAAAAUUUGAAGAUAAAUACGAGGGACACCCAGAAGUUGUGUUGGAUGCUUUUGCAAAAUAUAUGGGCACAUUUGGUUAUGACGUAGAACCAAUGCAAAAGUAUGAAAUGAAUUUGCUCAAGAUGAAAUGGAGAAGCACGAAGGACUAUACAAACUGCGGUGUGUAUGUCAUGAAGCACAUGGAGACCUAUACUGGUGAUCCAAGACAUGAAUGGAUCUGUGACUUGAAGGCAAAUGAUACAAAUCAAAUAAGGAAGCUUCGUGUCACUUUCUGUGGUCUCCUAAUGCUUUCAAAGCAAAUUGAAAAGCAUGAGUCAAACAUAAAUGAAGCAUGGAGGAGUUAA